AUUUUAUAUAGACUUUAUAUAGAAAAAUACUUAUAACUAUCCGUCAAAAUUAAGCUAAAAGUGAAAACAAUUACUAGUUUAAAAAUAAUUAAGAUACUUUUAAUUAUUAUAUAGUUAUGAAUAUUUCUAAAAUAUUAAAGUGUUCUAAGAAUGGUAACAACCAAGUGUGUGUUUAUUCAUUCGAAACACCUGUCGGUAAGAUAGUUGCAGGUGCUGAUGACGAUUUCUUAUAUGUUGUUAUAUUUGAAGAUUCAAAAAAUGUCGAAAAAACAUUCCAAGCGAUUUCCAAGAAAUUAUCAUGUAAUUUCGUUGAGGAAAAAAACAAAAUUUUAGAUCAAUUCGAGAGCGAAAUCAAAGAAUAUUUUGCGGGAGAUCUUCAAAAAUUCACUCUUCCUAUAAAAACUUUGGGCUCAGAAUUUCAAAAAGAUGUGUGGGAUAAACUACUUGAAAUUCCAUAUGGAUCAACACACACUUAUGGCGAACUAGCCAAGAUUAUGGGUAGACCAGCAAGCCAUUCUCGUGCUGUUGGUGCUGCUUGUGGUGCAAAUGCUCAUCUACUUGUUAUACCUUGCCAUAGGCUUGUGGCAUCUGGUUCUAAUGGAGGUUUCAGCAGUGGAUUGGACCGCAAGGAAUGGUUAUUAAAUCAUGAAAAAAAGUUUUCUUAAUUUAUGUUGUAUAUUGAGGAAUUUAUAUCAAUGUAAAAAAAUAAAGUACAAAAUAAAAUUUACA